AUGGAGAGUCUGUUUGUGCUGCUUGUGCUGUCAGGGCUCUUCUGCAGCAGUUCUGCUAUUUCUCGUCAGUAUCAAUAUCUAAACCUGAGAAUGUCAUGGCCAGAUGCUCAGAGUUACUGCAGAGAGAAUUUCACUGAUCUGGCUACUGUAGACACCAUGGAUGAUGUUAACAGGCUGUUAAAUUCAGUGGAUGCUGGAUACAAUGGAUCAGUGUGGAUUGGACUGAGGAGUGAGACAGAGAAACGCUGGUUUUGGUCGAGUGGAGAAGACACUUCUCAGUACUUUAACUGGGCUUCAGGAAUGCCAAAUGAUGAUGGAUAUUGUGUAGCUACUAAUUCCGGCAGUUGGAGUGAUUUGCCAUGCAAUCACGGAAGAUAUUUUGUGUGUCAGAAAGACACUACAUACAAAUUGGUAAUUAUGGCUAAAAGCUGCAUAGAUGCUCAGAGUCACUGCAGACAGUAUUACACAGACCUGCCCACAAUCCACAGCUCUGCAGAAAACAACCAGGUUUCUAUCACUGAAACAUUAAAAAGCAUGGGACUGGAAAGUGACAGCACAAUAAACUGGAGAAAUGGGGAUAGUAAAGAGUUUUUUCAUCCGGAGAACAACGGUGUGGAGAAUGAAAUGAAGUAA